AUAGCAACUGUACACUCAAAAAGCAACAGUUCUGUGGGUGUAACAGCACGCUUAUACGUUAACAUCUGUACGGUAAAGUUUACCAGCUCUUGACUCACUUUAGCACGCAAAACCCCCCAGCUAAUAAUGAAGAAAACAUCUGCUUUCAAAACGUAUAAACACUAUAAAGAAUCUUCGAUGAACCCAGAUUCUGUCAUUGGAGACCCCGUGUCUCCUGAAGUACUUGUGGUUGAGAAGGUCAGUCAUCAUAAUAUUGAGCUGACCUGGAGAGCGGCACAGGAGGACCGCAGCGGCCCUAAUGAAAACUGGACCCGCUUUGCUGUGGAACAGAUGGAUGCCAAAACUAACACAUAUAGCACCAUAUAUAUAGGAUACGGCACUCAUCAUAUUGUUGAGGAAUUAGAGCCAUGCACAGUGUACUGGUUCAGACUGAGGAUCAGCAGACCGAACGGGGAGUGCUGUCUCACCCCGGCUGUCUCAGCCUCUACGUCUAGGGAGCCACUGUAUGGCAAACAACUGUACCAAGCUGUAAAGAGGAAUGAUGAAGAGGAGCUGAGCAAAGUGUUGCAGUCUGGGACAGUGAAUGUGAAUAUUUGUGUCGAACUGGGACUCACACCUCUCAUGGUGGCCGCACAGAAAGGUUUUAGCAGGAUGGUCCAUAAACUGGUAGAGCACGGUGCUGAUAUUCACAUGAAGAAUGGCAGUGGUAAAGACGCCCUGAUGAUGGCCUGUUUUGCUGGGCAUUUGGAUAUUGUGAAGUACCUGCGCGAGUUUGGGGCUACAUGGCAAUCUCGGGACAUGUGUGGCUUGACUCCUCUCCACUGGGCUACAGAUGGGGAACAUCUUCCUGUCAUAGAAUACAUGAUUCAGGAUGGCUGUGAGCUGGAUGUGAUGGAUGUGUCUCAGUGGACUCCUCUCAUGAGAGUGUCAGUAGUGACCGGAAACGCCGCCGUAGCCUCACUUCUUAUCCAGGCCGGAGCUGACGUCAAUGUCCGAGACAAACACGGAAAGACACCACUUAUGGUAGCUGUGCUAAACAAUCAUGAGCAGCUGGUGAAGCUCCUGCUGGAUAGUGGCGCUGACCGGCAUGUGAAAAAUGACUUUGGAUCAGGUUUAGCAGAAAUGGCCAAAGCUUUUGGAAAUCAGAACAUCAUCGACUUGUUGGAGGGAAGGAACACUCUUUAGAAUUGGCAUCAAAGAGAGAACAGUAUUAAUGUAGAGAUGGCUUUGCUUAUAUUUUCUCAUUCGUAAGUCGCUUUGGAUAAAAGCGUCUGCUAAAUGAAUAAAUGUAAAUGUAAAUUUAAAUGGCAUGAUGACUUUUUUUUGCCAAUACUGAUGUAGUGAUUUACUGUUUUUUUUUUUGUCAUAGCAGUUACUUAUUGUAAAAACUACUAAGCUACUAAGGCUUAAAAUAAUUUUUUUAACAGAAGCACUUAAAAAUACAAGGAAAAAUACAUAGCUAAAAACUUACAAAAACAAAAAAUGUCUGGGUUCCGCAUGUAACCCUGUUCCCUGAGAAGGGAACGAGAUGUUGCAUUUAGCAUAACAGUAUGGGAGCGCCUUUACGCGCGCGACCGGUAUCUGGAGCUUGUUUAAAAUCAUGCCUCUAUUUAUAGGCCUGCCAUGAUCAAGUGACGUGGCAAUUAAGUGCGUCGCGUGAUAUAAAUAUGGCACCUGUGAACCGCGCCGUCAGCCUCUAUUAUCUGAAGUGAAGACACAAUUCACAGGCCUGCCCUUGUACGACAAAGCUACGCAAUGUCUCCUUCCCUUCUCAGGGAACAGGGUUAAAUGCGUAACCCAGACAUUCCCUUUCAAAGGGAACCCGACGUUGCGUUUAGCAUAACAGUAUGAGAACGAGAAUACCCACUUCGUAAUACUGAGGCUACAGCCUGUUCAAAAAGACCCAAACCCGAGGGUCACUGCAAGACACCCGAGCCAGGGGUGGAAUGAAGAUCCAGGCUGUGAUAAUGAAUGAAUGUGUGUGGCGUAGCGCACCCUGCAGCAGCACACACAUCCUGUAAGGAUACCCCUUUGAACAAAGCCUUCGAGGAGGCGACCGCCCUAGUGGAAUGAGCCCUUAUGCCCAGAGGCACCUCAUAAGCCAUAGAGAUUGCUUCCACUAUCCAAUUAGAGAUACGCUGCAUUGACACAGCAUCACAUCUACUGUCGCCACCAAAGCAGACCAGCAGCUGCUCCGACUUACAACACUAGAGGGAGGGGUGGACGUAAGUACAGAGAGCCCUUGCAGGAAACAGCAGGUGCAUCCUUUCUUGCUCCAGUGUGAUGAACGGAGGAGGGCAGAUAGCCUGCAACACCACAGGAUGGGCAGCCGAUGUAGGCAUAUUAGGACUAUAAUCCGGCCUAGGAUACAGGAAGGCCUUGGCUAAUCCAGGGGCAAAGUCAAGGCAGGAAGGGGCAAUAGAGAGAGCUUGUAGAUCUCUCGCUUGAGAGCUGUCAGGGCCAGCAGAAGAGCUACCUUUAGAGUCAGAAGCUUAGAGGCUGACUCUAAGGGCUCAAAUGGGGCCCCGACAGACCUUCCAGGACCACGGAAAGGUCCCAGGAAGGUAUGCACGGCCUGACACCAUGCAUGAACCUCGAAGUUAGAGGAUGUUGCACCACAGAGGGCAUCAACAGGGGGGUGGCUGGCCGAAAUGGCGGCCACGUAAACCCUGAUUGUAGAAGGAGCCAACCCCGCUGAGAAACGUCCUUGUAAGAACUCCAGGACUGUAGCUAUUGUGCAGUUCACUGGGUCUAGCUGACAUUCCUCACACCACAAGACAAAAAGCCGCCACUUGAGUGCAUACAAUUUCCUUGUGGAUGGUGCUCAAGCGUUUAACAUGGUCUCUACAACCUCAGUUGUGAGGUUGGGACGUGGCUAGCUGAAAUGGCGGCCCUGUAAACCCUGAUUGUAGAAGGAGCCCAGCCGGCUGAGAAACUUUCUUGUAAGAACUCCAGGACUGUAGCUGUUGCACAGUUCACUGGGUCUACAGUGGAUCCCUGUGGAUGGGAAUCUCCCAAGGAGUGCCAUCUAGCAGGGUUAUUGUCUCUGAGAACCAUAUUCUAACUGGCCAAUAAGGUGUUACUAGCAGCAGACAUAGACUUUCUUGGCGAACUCACACUAGAACUUGUGGGAGCAGAGCGAUUGGGGGAAAAGCGUACAGAUGUGACCUCGGCCACAUGUGCACCAUUGCCAUCCAUGCAUCCAGCAGCUCCAGCAAGGGACCCCAAACUUCCCUUUACCGAGCCACAUUAACCAGCUCUGGCUGGGGGAUCCCGAGGCGUUCCCAGGCCAGUGUGGAAAUAUAGUCUCUCCACCUAUUCCUGGGUCUUCCCAGAGACCUCCUCCCAGCUAGACCUGCCUGGAACACCUCCCUAGGGAGGCGCCCAGGGGGCAUCCUUACCAGGUGCCCAAACCACCUCAACUGGCUCCUUUCAACACAAAGGAGCAGCGACUCUACUCUGAGUUCCUCUGGGAUAGCUGAGCUCCUCACCCUAUCUCUAAGGGAGAGGCCAGCCACCCUCCUGAGUAAACCCAUUUCGGCCACUUGUACCCGCGAUUUAGUUGUUUCGGUCACUACCCAACCUUCAUGACCAUAGGUGAGGGUAGGAAUGAAAAUUGCCCGGUAGAUCGAGAGUUUUGCCUUCCGGCUCAGCUCUCUUUUCGUCACAACGGUACGGUAAAGCGAUUGCAAUACCGCACCUGCUGCUCUGAUUCUCCGACCAAUCUCCCGCUCCGAUGUCCCCUCAUUCAUGAACAAGACCCCAAGGUACUUGAACUCCUUCACUUGGGUUAUGUUCUCAUUCCCUACCCGGAGUAGGCACUCCAUCAGUUUCCUGAUGAGAACCAUGGCCUCAGAUUUAGAGGUUCUAAUCCUCAUCCCAGUUGCUUCGCACUCGGCCCCGAACCGAUCCAGUGAGUGCUGGAGGCCAUGGGCCGAUGAUGCCAUCAGGUCCACAUCAUCUGCAAAAAGCAGCGAUGAGAUCCUCAGAUCACCAAACCGCAAUCCCUCCCCACCAUGACUAUGCCUUGAUAUCCUGUCCAUGAAUAUCACAAACAGGAUUGGUGACAAA